AGUUUUACUAAUACUAAACUAGAAUCUGAAGGCAAGAAACAUGAACAAGGUGGUGGUGCUGUUCUUCCUUGCAAUUUUGCUAUUAGAAUGUGAAUCUGGAAUAUUGUAUCCAAAAGCUAACUCAGUUCGAGAAGUACUUUCCUUGGAUGGCCUUUGGAAGUUUUCUCUGGUUAACUCUGAUACGAAAGGCUUCACAUUGGCUGACAACGAUGAAGAUAUAGAGUUUAUGCCUGUACCUGCAAGCUACAACGACAUAUCCACAAAUGUAAAGGUUAGAGAUUAUGUGGGAGAGGUUAAAUAUCAAAGAAACUUCGUUGUACCCAAAUCCUGGGAAGACAGGAAGAUUUGGUUGAGGUUUGGAUCCGUAUGUUACUCAGCUGAAGUGUAUAUAAAUAGUGAAUUGGCCAUGUCUCAUGAAAUCGGUCACUUACCAUUCGUCGGAGACGUGACGUCAUUUUUAAAUUUCGAAAAUGAAAAUAAUAUCACGGUCAUAGUCAACAACAUACUCACUAAUACUACAAUUCCACAAGGAAGUCUGUCAAUUUUGCCCAGCGGGAGAGUAAAACAGACGUAUGACUCCGACUUUUUCAACUAUGCCGGCAUUGAUAGGCCUGUAGUCCUCUAUGCAACAGAAAAAACUUACAUAGAUGACAUCACCCUUCAGACCACAGUGAACGGAACCACAGGUAUUGUUCAAUUCCAAGUGACUGUAGCAGGAGAGGACACUUACACCAGCAAAAUAACUGUCAUAGAUCAAGACGGAAAAGACAUUGCAACAAACGAAAAAACAUUAGAUGGUUCUUUGGUUAUCCCAAAUGUGAAUUUGUGGUGGCCUUAUUUGAUGCACGACAAUCCAGGAUACCAGUACACGUUUAGGGUAGAACUGUUGGACAGCUCCAAUAAAGUAUUUGACAAGUACGACCAACGUUUUGGAGUAAGACAACUCUCUUGGGACAGCACCAGUUUUAAAAUAAAUGGAAAAAAUAUCUACAUCCGUGGUUUUGGGCGCCAUGAAGAUUCAGAUAUUCGCGGUAAGGGAUUAGAUCUUCCUCUUAUCGUGAGAGACCACAACUUGAUCAAGUGGAUCGGCGCUAACUGCUACAGAACCUCCCACUAUCCUUACGCUGAAGAGAUCAUGGAUUUGGCGGACAGUCAAGGGAUCAUGAUCAUUGAUGAGGUACCAGCUGUAACUACAGACAACUACAGCGAUGAACUAUUAGAAAACCACAAAAAAUCUGUCACAGAAUUGAUCAGAAGAGAUAAAAAUAGACCGAGCGUGGUCAUGUGGUCGGCAGCCAACGAACCUAAAUCUGGUCAAGAGGCGGCCUCAGAUUAUUACAAAAACGUUAUAGCCCAAGUAAAAGCCUUAGACAAAACGCGUCCUGUGACGGUAGUUAAUGUCGUCGUAGCUGAUGAAGAUUAUUCUGGUCAAUACUUGGAUAUAUUGAGCAUGAAUAGGUACGAUGCUUGGUACACAAACACUGGAGAUUUGGACGUUAUCAUGUAUGAAAUAGUAGAUGCCGCCCAAGCAUGGCACAAGAAACACAAUAAGCCUGUGUUAAUUACUGAGUAUGGGGCUGACACUGUGGAGGGGUAUCAUUCGCUUCCGUCAUUUGUUUGGUCAGAGGAAUACCAGUGUGAAUAUAUAUCUGGUUAUUUCAAAGCUUUUGAUCAACUACGUCAGGAGGGAUGGUUUAUAGGAGAGAUGAUUUGGAAUUUUGCAGAUUUUAAAACAUCCCAAUCUAUUAUAAGAGUCGGGGGCAAUAAGAAAGGUCUAUUUACUAGGCAGAGACAACCAAAAGCAUCAGCGCAUUUGAUGAGGAAAAGAUAUUGGCAUUUGGCCAAUGCCCUUGACAACGCAACCUUACCUGGAGACUUGGAUACCUUCAUUAUUGAUACACAGUCACAAAUUAAAGACGAAUUGUAGAUCUCACAGAAUAUCAGUAUAAUCGUUCUGUACAAAUUCAACUUCAUUAUUCAAUAAAGUCAUAGCAAGCA